AUGGCAGUUGCCACCCAGCAAGGUGAGGUUCUCCAGUUGGACCUUGGCGCAGGGGUCUUCCUGUCGGGCUGCAUGACAGCCACUGACAUCGUGCAAAAGUGCGACAUCAGUUUCAGUUGCACGGGACGCCCGGACGUGGACUCUUGGGUUGGUCAGGUCUCCAGCCAGGCAAUGGAAGGAAAUCUCCGUCACGCUGCCCAGGACAUUGGCGCUUGGUCUGCAAAACGAAUUCGAAAUCCUUCGUCCUUGCGCUUGCCAAGCAUUUUUCUGCAGCGUGCAGUGAGGUGGUCAAGCAACAAGAUUUCUGCACCCCAGACAGAGGCUCUGAGCUUUCGGCAGUUUUCACCUGAUGCGCCAAGUGAUGUAGAGAUGAAAGCCAGUCGUAAAGUGUACUUCGAGAUCACUUUGGAGGAACGUGACAGUCUAAAGUCAGUCGCUUGGAUUCCUGUGAGCCAGCCGGGGCAUCCGCACGCGGUGAGUUUGGCAGCAACCGCCACCAAAAAGGCACAGUUGGACCAAAAGACUCCACCUCAACGCAGGAGACGCAAAGCGUCCAAUUCCUCAGCAGAGGACUCGGUGCCAGAUUCCUCUGACAAGUCUGACAAGGAAGAAGAGCUCACGGGGCGAGCGGAUGUUGAAUUUGACGUGACCUGUGUGAGGUUCUCACAAGGAGAUGUUCUUGGAUGCCUCUACAACACGAAAGCUGGCCAGGCGAGCCUUUCUUUGAAUGGGAAGAGGCUAGAAGAGAAGGACAUGAAGGAAGCCAAAGGCCACCACUUCCCCGAGCUGGUUCUUCAUGGGGGACGAAGUAUUUGCAUCAAUUGGGGACAAGCACCUUUUGCUUUCGGCUCAUCGGAGUUUUGCCCGCUCCUGACGGCACUUUGCCGGCACCAGGGAAGACAGUGGAGAGCAGAACAUCCACAUGCAGAUCACCUUAGUGCUGAACUUGGAGAGGGCAUACCGAUUCAUUUGCAACCACACAUUGAAUCUGAUAUCGUGGACCCAGAGAGAUUCUACAUAUCACUUGGAGAUGUCAUUCUGAGCCUGGAAGAGACAGAUGCCUGGUUGCGACACGAGUGGGGCUGGUCACCAAAGUCCUGCUUCGUAUGCCAUGAAGAAGACCUAGAAGCUACAGAGAAUUUGGAGGACGUUGAACUUCUGGAGGACCUGACAGAUGUUUCCGCUGAUGCUCGUGCUGAAGAUUCCGAUGGUGAGAAACAGGGCAAGGUGAUUUUCAGCCUUCGACACCACACCCUGUGGAAGAUCGUUGCAGGGAAGCUCAGUCGCUUGAGCGAUCUCAGCCUUGCAGGUGGUGGGAGACAUGCUAUUCAGACUUCUGACGAGGCAGGAGCUCGAGAAGUUCACAAGCUCAUGCCGACCCAAGAGGAACAGCUGCGCAAGCUACAGCUUCUUGCACAGCGCGCCGGGCUCAGAUUUCAAUCUACUGGCGAAGACCCUGCUUUAGCACCAAUACAUGCCAGAACAUGUGGGGUGAAGGUGCAGCGCAAUCAUUGGCAUGUGCUAACUAUCUCCGCAGACCUUCCCUUCUCGAUGGUUUUUUGGCUCGAUGGGGAGCGCAUCUUGGAGAUUGAGCCUGGCUAUCCAAGCCUCAGAAGCAAAGGUCCUUUUUCCUUGGUCACUCAGAAUGGCCUCUCCUUCUUCGGGAUGAAAGGCCUGUGCUCCAGUUCUCAGAAGAAGUGGAUGCUUGGCGGUCGGAUACGUGAAGCUCGCAUUGCUCUUGGCCAUCUCCCUUCGAGGGCAGAGAUUUUGCAAGUGCAUCAGCCUAGAGGAGUUUGGCUUCGCAGGCACUCUGAAUGUGAACGACAAGGUCGGCAGACCAGGAACUCCUCCACCGCCAGGACAUGCUGGAAAUGCAAGACUGACAAGCCGAAAUCCGGUGUGGCGCCACCUCAGAAUCCGGAUCCUAAGACUGGCCUUCUCACCUUGGUCGCUGAUGAGUUCGACAAACUGGUGCUGGACAGUGAUCAUUCAGUCUUUGUGGACUGUACAGCGGAUUGGUGUGGCCCCUCCGUGCAAAUCAAACCGUUGCUGUACCAGUUGGCCAAUCUCACAAAGAAGCUUGGAAGUUCCAGUGAGGAUCGGAUCGUCGUGGCUAUGAUGGACACGGAUGAAAAUGAGGCAAACCCAGAGUAUUUCCCGGAACCCUACAUCCCCAACAUGAAGCUCUUCGUGAAGGGCGAGAAUAAGAGGUGCCCCGUGAAGUUUGACGGCGAGCGCACCCUCAAAGGGAUGUUGCGAUUCAUCGAGGAGAACACGGGAGUCAAAGACUUUGUGAAAGCUUUGUCUGAGGGCUACCCUGCUUACAAGGAAAAGCAUGACAUUGACAAUCAACUUGGAAGGUUGCAGAAAGCAGUUGAGGUCUUCUUUUCAACGCCACGCCCUCAGCGAUGCACCGUGAUGGCUUGCGAAGUGUACCAGGCAGCCGCGAGAUUUCUACUGUCUGGUGAGCUGGAGAAGGUGAACAGCGGCCCAUCAGCUGGCUCCUGUGAUCAGGUGGUGAAGGAUGCUUUGGCUGCGAUGAUCAAGCUGAUUGAUAGCACCUUGGAAGCGAGCCAGCCUGAGGCGCCGAUUCCGCUGAUUCUGGAGACGUUGAUCCAAAAGUCUGCGCCGACAUCGACAUCGCAAGUCUCCCUGGACAUCAAGCAGGACAGGAUGGAUGAUCGUGCCAUUGCGAGACACUGGAAGUACAUGGAGGAAGCCAUCAUGACAGGCAAGGACUUAGCAGGCAGAGUGCGAGGGCUACUGGAAGGUGGAUACCCUAUCGAUGGUGGGCCUUAUGGCUACUCAGGCUUUUGGCUGGCUGCUGCAUACGGGAAGCUGGACGCUGCCAAGUUUCUGUUUGACCAUGGCGCCAACAUGCACCUCCGUGGUUCGCGUGAAAGGCUCCUGCCCAUCGAAGUGGCCAGCUACAUGGGCUACAGCGAGCUGGUGCAGUGGCUUCUGGACAGCGGGGCCUUUCCGCGGAAGGCCCUCCACUUUGCGGCCAAGGGGGGGAAUUUAGGCAUCAUCGAAUGGGUGCUCAAGAAAGAGCCCAAGCAAGAGGCCCUAAGUCCUUUCAUCAACUCUCCUGCCUGUAUUUGUUGUGGGUGGACACCAUUGUCCUUGGCCAUCGCCUUCCAUCAGCUGGCUGUGAGCAGGGUGCUUGCCUCUGCGUUGCUCGCGUCUGAAGGCUCCAGAGAAGAUCUUGCAAAGGCCCUGCCCCCACGUGUUUGUGAGCUUUGCCGUGUAGACUUUGGGUCGACCGUUCUUCACCUCCUAGCGGCACAGGGAGGAUGUUGUGAAGACCUGGUUGCGUUGCUGCUACGCGAAUUUCCACUCCUCAACACUAUGAAGGACGACCUAAAUCAAACACCCUUCGAUGUGGCAGCCCCCAAGCUGAAACCAAAGUUCAAUGAGGCAUUUCUUGGCUGUUUGAAGUCAGUUCGACAAAGCCUCCUGUCUACUCCAGGCCGCAUCCCACUAGAUCAGCUGCAGAGGCAUGUGACUGAAAAAUGGGCUGAGGCAUCAAAGUCAGACGACGACUGGGCAAAGGUGGCCACAAUACUGCAUAAGUCAAAUGACCUUUGCAGCGCCGCUGCGAAGGAGUUGAAGAAAGAUAUCGCCUUCCCUGAUCUCAAGCACAUUGAGAAGGAGCUCCUGAUUGACACUGGCAUACAGGUUUGGUGUCAAGAAUGCUCUUCAGAAGAGAUAUCUGCAGCAAAAGAAGACCUCAUGACCCAAGCCCAAGAUGCUGAAAAGAGGAUUCGCAAAGUCCUUACAUGCGAUUUGGGGCAUGAUCCAGAGCAAGCAGCGGCGCAACAAGGGGGAAAGCUUGAGUUUAGCUUCGAAGAUAGCUCUAACAUCUCUUGCCAGGGCUGCGCCUGCUUUGCCACAGAUGAUGCGAGAUCGUUGUCGGGAAAGGCCAGCAACAUUGAACAACUCAAGGGCACGAUGGACAUUCUCACAGUGGUUUUUGAUUUGGACAAUUGCCUUUCCGUGAAAGUGAUGUUGAUGAAGCUGACAAGCGCUGAAGGCAUUAAACUCCUUGCGGCACGAAACAACUUCUACAUCCCCAAUGCUUUGGGCUUGAGGGAGCUGAUUUGUUUUCUUGAGGAACUUAGUGUUGUUGUGGCCCCGCCGGGCCAAGAAUUGAUGAGAUCUUCCAAAGGAGAUUUGGAAGGCAAAGCGGACAGCUUACAUGAUCGAGAUCCUGAUGGCUGGUCAGCGUUCUUGCUGGCGGCUCAACUCAACGACACGGCAGCUGUGGAGUGGAUGCUGAAGGAGGACAAGACCAUCGCAUUGAAACCGAAUCAGACUGGUCAGACAGCGAUGCUAUGGGCAACUUUUUGGAAAUCCAAGGAGAUGCUGCAACUCUUCAACCGCUAUUGCCCCUUGCAACUGACGCGAGCAGACAAGGAGGGACUGGCCAGACUCAAGGAAGUGCAGGAGAGAGCGUACCAGACCGAUGACUUGGUAGCAUUGUCACUGCUUCAGGUGGAUGCCAAUGACUUUGAAGCUGCCAACGGGACUGCUCACUCAGAGCAAGCCGGAACAAGUCUGCGUCGCCGCAUGGUAGAUGGCGUGGCAGCUUCAAUCACCAGGGCCAAGGUGUUUGUUUCCAAAGCCGGCAUCUUAGGCUUGAGCCUUGAGUUUCCCGGCGACCAAGUGAAAGAGUAUCCCACCAAUGCACACGAAGCUUUGCAGAAUCAAGCCGGUGAGUGGAAGUUGUUGCACCUGGAGUCCAAGCACAUCGUGAAGAUCCGCAGCUGGGAUUCCACGGAUUCUUCUGAGCCUUCUGCUCUUUGCGCGCGCCUGGAGAUUACAGCACUGCGCCCUGGUGGUGUGCCGGAAGUCUUCAGCUUCCCCAGCAAGUGCGUCAACAAUCCCAGCUUCGAGUAUCCAGCGGAGGGGACGCUGCAGGAUAGCCAGAUUGUGGAUUUGCAGUUUGAUGGCAAGGGUAGUUGUUUGGAUGUCACUGUUGCCCCAAAUCCCCAGGCCAGUCUCAAGGGUUUGAAUAGCCUCUUUGUAUCACCAAGCGCGACCGGGACUUUACAUGGGAAGGGCAGUUUGGAGCAGUUCCUGCUCGAGACCUUGCUUCCACAUUGGGAAAAGGAAUGGAAGAAACUUUGGCCAAAGCCAGCUAAAAAGGAUUUGCUGGAGUGGAGUGAUGGAAACUCAAUGAAGGGUUUGGUAGAAGCUGCCAAGUUCUUCGUUUUGAAGGCCAUUGCAGAAGGUUCGCCCGCCACGCCCCAAACCAUUUUUGCCCUCCAUGUCCACGCGCUGAGCUCGCGCAUCCCACGAGAUUGCCAGCGAGCACUCUCAAGCAAAGAUUCGCCUUUGCGUCACCUGUGGGCCCCCUAUGCUCAACACAUCUCUACCGCUUUGAAGGCCUGCCCCUUGUAUUGGGGCUAUGUGUUCCGUACGGAGACUUUCCUGUGUGACGGUGAGGCUCCAUGCGUCGCGGAGUAUCUUCGCCAGCACCGGAUCAAUGUAGGGUCCGAGAUCUCAUGGCCCGGAUUUGCGAGUGGCACGAGCAGUUCUCAAGUGGCCCGGAAUUUGCUUUUGGGACAUGACAUCGGAGAGAGACCGGACAAAAAUGCCGGUAUUGUCUUUAAGAUCAUUGAAGCACGGGCAGUUUCGGUGGCCCCCUUCUCGAAGUUCCCUGAGGAAGCAGAAGUGAUUUUCGAGCCAGGAUCGAAAUUUGAAGUGAAGGGCUUCUACAAACUCACGGAUUUCAUUUUGGAGGAUGGUGGAUCUGCCCUGGACUGGCAGGAGUGGAAGGUUUCUUUCGAUGUCAUCAAGCAACCUCAACUGAAGCUGGAAGCUGCUGGAAAGGAAAGAGACCUCGUGGUGCUUUUGCAGCAAGUGCCAGCUGAGGUUCCGCCCACGACUGGCUUCGUCGGCGGGAAAUGCAUUCGUCCAACAGAGCUUCGAGGGAUUCGGCUCUCAACGCUGGAGAGGAUCUGGCGGGAAGAGAUUGAGACGCACGCCGACCCUGGGCAUGACAAGACCAAAUGCUGGACCAUGCAUGAGGUGGUUGAGCACAUCAUCAAGAAGAAAACAGCAAAACGCGAAGUGAGCUAUUCGGAGUUGCUGGAAGAGAACAAGGUUGAGUACUUUGUGACGCAUUGGUGGGGCCAGGAGUUCCGACAUUUGGUUCAGGCAUUGAAGCAAUUUGCCAAGGGGCUCGGUGAUGGAACGUCAGACCCAGCCUUUUGGAUAUGUUCCUUCGCCACCAAUCAGCAUGAAGUGGAGAGAGGCAUUUCUUUGGCCUUUGGCCCUUUCAACCUUGCACUCAAGGCUUGCAAGCGAGUGGUCAUGGUUUGUGAUGAUGACUUUGCCACCUUCAGUCGUGCAUGGUGCCUCUAUGAGGCGAUGCGACCAGAGGGUUGGGCAGGACACUCUGCGCAGCUGUCCUUUCAACUCGAGAUGGCCCAGUAUGAAGCCCGCAGAGUGUCCUGGCACGGCCGUCAGGAUUUGCACUCCAAGGCGCAGUCCUGUGACACGAUGAAACUCCAACAGCACCUGCGGCAGAUGGGACUAGCAGCAGCUGAGGGAUCUUCGGCCGAGGACGACGGAUGUGCCUUGGAUGUGCGGGAUGAUCGAGGAAGGACGCCGCUGCAUUAUGCAGUUCGUUACAAUCCCAAGGCGGAUGAGGUCGUGGAGCUUUUGCUGAGAUCCCGUGCGGACACGGUGGCCAAGGACGAUCAUUUGGUGCAGCCUUUGCAUUGGGCCGCAGCUGCUGGACACUACGUCGCGGUGGAAAGGCUGAGCUCUGACAAGUCCAUUGUGGCCAAGGAUGACAUGGGCCUCACACCACUUCACUGGGCAGCACUAAAUGGACGGAGCCAGAUUGUGGAAUACCUGAUCCACCAGAGGGCUACUAUUGACGCCCCAGCACAAGGUGCACUUGGACGGACGCCGCUGCUUCUCGCAGCGGCAGCUGGUGAAGAGGAGGUUGUCAUCAAGUUGCUGGACCACCAGGCCAAGCUGACCACUGCAAAGAAUGGAUCUUCCCUUCUACAUGAGGCGGCGAAGCAUGGCGCGGCCAACGUGUUGAAGAGAUCUUUGCAAUCCUUCAGCCCAGAGGACUUGAACCGGGCCACACCCGAGGGCCUUCUACCCGCUCUUCACCUGUUGUGCAUGUAUGGUGCAGGAGCAAGUGAUGAGGGUGGACCGAGCCGGCUAGAAGCGCUGCGCCUGUUGUUGGAGCACCGCGCCGACCUUGAAGCAAGAGACUCACAAGGCCGCACACCCUUGCACCGAGCUGCUAGCGCCGGAGCUUCUGAGCUCCUGGAGCUCUUGUGCGUCCAGUUGCUGGAGGCGAAGUGCUCCUUGGAUCCAGUUGCCACGGACGGAACCACACCGCUCCAGGUGGCCGCGUGCUGCAACCAUCACUUAGUGGUGAGUUGCCUGAUCCAAAGAGGUGCCGAAGUCAACAAGCAGAACAAGGAGGAUAGAAGUAGAACAGCUCUUCACAUGGCGGCCGAGGUGAAAGCAUAUGAAGCAGCAAAGACACUGCUCAAUCACGGGGCCGACCAUGCACUGCAGGACACCCACCAAACUGAUGCACAAACUGUAGCCAAGGAAGCUGGUUACGAUCUUCUUGCUCUACUCCGGCAGAAGUUUCAGGCGCUGGCGCUGCCAAAGCAGAUGGAGUGCCCCACAAACGUGGGCGGACAUGCUGCCACUCACUCGUUCCUGAACAUCUCUGAUGCGCGGCUGGAAGAAAUCUUCGAGAGGUUCAAGGAGGUGUCGGGCGAGAUGAAGGUCCGCCACCUGGACGAUGCCAUGCGCGUCGCGCGGAUGAACCCGCAGGACUUCGAGGUCCGAAGGAUCCUGGAGGACCUGGGGAAUCCGGACUCCUUCAGCUUGACCUCCUUCAAGCACACGAUGAAGGAUGCCCUGGCGGAGUGGUCCUCAAGGGACCAGGUCCAAGAGUUGCUACAAUGCUUCCGAGUCUUCGAUCGCCAGGGCACAGGCGUCCUCUCGCGGCAGAGCAUCCACAAGAUCAUGGGCAUGGGCAACCCCAGCUUCUCCGAGGGUCAGUUGGAGGACAUGCUCCAAAAGGUGCACGGCACCAGCCCGAGCGGGGCUGUGCAGUACUUGGACCUGGCGCUCUUCCUCCUGGGGCCCGAGGAGGAGGUGCAGGAGGAGGUGCAGGAGGUGGAGGAGGUGCCGGAGCAGAAGGACAAAGGGCACUCCGAAGAGAAGAAGGACCUGCCGACGAGCUCGGGCGGCUGGGUGGCCACCUGGCGGACCAGCCUUGACGCUCCCGAUCCCGCCGGGCCGCGUGCUGACGAGUAUGAAGUGACCUUGGAUCAGACGAAUGGAAGCAGGAUGGGAAUCGAUUGGCUGGCCGGCGGCAAGAUGCUCAUCGUCCAAGGUAUCGAUAGCGGUGGCCUGGUUGAGGAGUGGAAUGAGAUGAUGCCUGAGCUAGAGGUGAAGGAGAAUCAUCUCAUCGUGGAGGCAAACGGAGUCCGUGGCAGUGCCCAGAUGAUCGAGGAGUGCAUGAAGGAUCAGGAGUUGCAUCUCAGAGUUCUCAGGGUGGACGAUGACGACCCCUGGAGCAACAAGGACUACGUCUUGGCGCAGGUCGCUCGGAACGUCUCCUUCCUCGAACAAGCCUCCGUGGAGCUCCGAGACGAUCCCGACGUGAUCCUGGCCGCGGUGCUCCGAGAUCCCUUCGACGCCCUGCGCUUCGCCUCGGAGAGGCUGCGGACCGAGGCGGGCUACGUGGAGGAGCUGGUGCGACGAAGCAAGGCCGCUUGGCUCGUGCAGUUGCCUGGCCUGGAACACUUCCGCGCGGAUUUGGACUUUGUCGAGCGAUGUGAAAAGGUGGCGGGGACAGGGCUGGUGUUUACCUACUAUGAGAGUUCUACCUGCUUCCUGAGCAUGCGAAAGGCCUUUAAAGCCACGGGGGCAUCGGUCCCGGGUGGCAUUGCAUACGAUGCUGUGAUGGCGAAGCUGGAGGAGGAAGGUGAAGGAGGCUCUGCUACCGUGUGGUUUGGAGAUGAGCCCGUCUUCGGCGUCAACGCCGACGAUGGGAAGUGGAGACAUCCGCCGGACGACUGCGGUCGUGACCAAAAGGAGGUGCCGGCCGAGGCUGAGCGCACAGGCAUGUGGAACUGCAAGGUGGAGGGUCGCAAAGGUGAUGCGAUGCCCAUCGCUGGGCGCAAGUACAACUGCUGGUGCUGUCACUGGUUACGCAAGGUUCGCGAGGCACACGAGAAAGGUGCAGUGAUUUGCUGCGCUAUCUCGAACAUCUACAACGCAGACUGGGUGCAACGUCAUGGCGCUGGGUCCUCGGAGCUCAGUGAUGAACAGGCGGCCAAGUUCAAGCAAACCAUACCGGAAGUCUUCAAGAACGGAAAGCCUGAUGGAUGGGGCAAGGGCCGGAUCCACGUGAGCAGCGGCCAUGACUACGCACGUGAAGCUCCGAUCCACCCACGCACUGAGUUGCCCUUGGGGGAAGGAUGUCGUUGGGAGCGGUGGGCCUUGGAUGGGCAGAACUUUGCGGUUUUCGCAUUCUUUAUGUGGAAUGCUUGCACUGCCGCCGCCGCUGCAAUCUUAUGGGGUCAGAGUAGAAGAGUUGUGGGUUGGAUGGAGCACUUGGUCAAGCAGUUGCGGGGCAUCGUGCGGUAUGUCGGCAAGACCCAGUUUGCGGAGGGAGUAUGGUUCGGGAUCGAGCUGGAUGAGAAGGCCGCAUCGAAGCCUCAGAAGGGGAAGCUGAAGCCAGAUGCCCAUGAGUCACCCCCGCCCCGUUUGGCCCUAGCAGGUCCAGGGCAUGUGCCGGACCCUUGGCAGCUGCGGGGCCGCGCCACCUUCGAAGUUGGAGAUGUCGCGUGGAUCGGACAGUUGCGGGGCAUGGUGCGGUAUGUCGGCAAGACCCAGUUUGCGGAGGGAGUAUGGUUCGGGAUCGAGCUGGAUGAGAAGGCCGCAUCAAAGCCUCAGAAGGGGAAGCUGAAGCCAGAUGCCCGGGAAAGCCUUCCCGUUCCAGCAGUGCGAAAACGGAAUCAGGCAUACCUGGCGGCGAAGGCACCCAUGAAGGUGUUUAUUGUAUGUGAGGAGAGCUCGCCCAAGGGCAAACCGACCGCUGGUUCAGCGUCUUCUCUCCAGAGUGUGCAAUCAGAAUUCGAGUCUGCGAUCAAGCAGGAUCGACCGCCGCGACGGCGGCUCAUUUUGGCAGCCGUGAACGAUGGCCUUGGGGUAAAUGUGGAGUUCCAAGUGGGCGCCAGACCAAAGACGACCCUUUUAGGACACAUAUGCCUUCAAGCACAGCACUUGCAAGGUGAGUUGGAUCUAACUCUGACAGCUUCGUUGCUUCGAGCCAAAGCUGAUCCCAAUCGUUUGCUUGUUGUGGACGGAGUCGAAGCACCGAUUGCUACCACGCUGCUGUGCCUGGAGAUCCACGACGCUCAAGCGAUGGCGAGGCCGUUGGACGAGCUGUUGCUCCUGGGCCUUGGAGAAGCUGGAGCUCAGGGUGAGAAGGUUUGCCACCACCACGGACCGUCAUCCGAAUCUCCAUGGGUCCUAGUUCUGCAAAGCGCAGAACAGCUUUGGGACAAACAUGUCGAGGCACUGACGAAAUUCAAGGCAGACAUCGAUGUUCGUUUUCAUUCCGGCGAUGCAGUUGCAAGCGCUCUGGGACACCAGAUUCUUGCCAACAAAGUGCAUGGUUGCAAGACAUUGCUGAAAUGCCGUGCUCGACCUGAUAGCUAUGUCGAGCAGUCCGGGAAAGAAGAGCGGCUAGUAGCUGUGGCACUUGCAGCUGAGAAACAAGUUGCUCUUGGCAUGGUGAGGCUUCUUUUGGACCGAAAGCCAGACAUGCAGGCAAUGAUCCAGUUUGAGGGUGCAUCAAUGACAGUAGAAACAGCUUUGAAGAAUCUGGCUGCGAAGGACAGUGACUGGCUCAACCUCGCCGCAAGGGUGCAGUUGACUCUGGAUGAUGAAAAGAGUGAUAAGAACGCAGAAGUGGUCGUUGCUGAGAAGGCCAGUGACAAGAGAGUUUUCCGGGUGACGCAGCUGAUCAAGUCUGAAGGAGAAGAGACUCUUGCUGAGCUCAAGGCCUUGGAUGGUGGGGGCGAGCAUCUUGAGAAACCCAUUCCACUGUCCAAGCUCAUUGCCUUGGAGCCACCCUCUGCGCAUGAGAGCAGCUUCGCUGCGAACAAGGACUAUGCUUUCUGGGACUUGCAUCAGGGAAAGGUGCACAAGAGCAUGAACGUGAUUGGGGGCUCUGUGAAUGUUGGGACUAGUCGCAGUGGGCGCGAUCGAGUCAUCGAAGUGCCCAAAGGCACCCAGCUGGAAUUUGAGCCGCCUCCCCACCUGCAAUAUCCGAGCAGGCCUCAAUACACUGCCAUCAUCGAGUUUCAAAUGAAGCCAUUUGAGGGAAUCACUGCCCUCUUGCACACAUCUGCAGAGUUGGGGGAAGCAGAACUGGUCGUAGAAGGAUCAACGUCGGAGAGUGGAAGUCCUCAACCCACGUUGAAGCUCAGGUCCAGCGGAAGUCAAGAGACGGCCUUGUCUGCGCCCUUGUCAUGGAACUCCUGGCGUCGUAUCGUUGUGACGCGGUCCGCUGAUGGAUUAGCAAGUCUGAUGGUGAAUGGAGAGGAGGUCCUACCGGUUUAUCCCAAAGCCAAUGAUUCCUCUGGGGUGCAAGAAGCCAUAGUGGAAGCGUCUUUGGGAACACUUCAGAGUGCCUUCCGAGUUUUUGGGUCGAAGCAUGCACAGGAGUCGUCCAAAGGCUCCUCCUUGAGGUUUGUGCUCUUGUGCCGUGAGGCUUUGGGUGCAUCAGCAGUGCAGAUCCUUCUCAGGAAGACCAAGCAGCUGAUGAAAUCGAUUCAACAGCAGCCACUUGUGCUGCAAGAAUUGAAAUUGAUGAAGAAACAGGCCCAUCCAAUAUUCUUGGACGCUUCAUUCCUCGGUUGCUUUUGUGACGGCUUCACCAAAGCCGAUUCGCAGCCUAAAGAAGUGGUGCAAAGCCAUCGGUUGAUUCUUUUCAUGUUCGAGACCUUGAUAAAGGAGAGUCAGAUGACGAAAGGCCCGGAUGUCGGGGUUCCGCUGGAAUUGCUGCAGCUGACCUACGAGCACCUUGAGCGCUCCUCCAAACUCUUUGCGAAGUUUGACCAGUUGUGGGAAUCAUCGGACAAGAAAGAGCAAGUCCCUUUGGUCAAGAACUUUCUGAAGCUCCUGAAUGAGUUGCGGUCAAGCCUAGCAGAGAAGGGAUCGGACUUCGGACCUUUGAUCAUCCCAUUCGGCCUGCACAGUGUCGAAAUGACUCGGCAAGACCGGCGAGAAGAGGAAGAGAGAACAGAGACACGUGGGAAACAAUUCGUUUUGCUUAUCUUGGAGAAGCCCGACGACACCUACCGUCUCACAGUUGUGAACCCUGGACAGGGUAGAGAGUUCCACAAGUCUUCUGUCCAGGGGCACCCUAAAGUGAAGUACCAAACAGCCAUGGUUCUUGAGGGCCUUAGUCGUGAAAAGGCAGAAGACGAUGCUUUUUGGCUGACUCUUUUUGCUGCCGUUCCCAUAGCAGGUCCACGGUCAGCAUGGCACCUCCUAUACGAUCUAUUCCUCCCCUUCCUUUUGGGUGCAAAAGGGGGGACCAAGAUGCUCGAAGAUGCGCUUCUUAGCUCCCGAGAUACCGAUUGGCGGACUCCGCAACAUGGCGGCGGAUGCUGGAAAGUGAUCAUGCAUGGAAUUCGCCAACUAUUGCGAUCAAACUCAGUUUCGGUGGCAAAUGCAAAGCUUCUGCAGUGGAGGCUGCGACAACAAUUCCUGCAAUUGGCACUGAAAGAUGUUGAUGCCGCUCCACGACUCAGCCACGGUCAGAGGACAUGUCUUCGCAUGGCUGCUUCGCAACUUGGGCUUGCGGCUGUGAAGCUUAGUGUCCAGAUGCCGGACACAGAUGGAUCUGGUUUUCUGAAAGAAGCCAAGCAGCUUGUCGAAAAGACCGAAGAGGCUCUAGCGGCCAAACCAGUGUUGCAUUCAGGAGAGCUUCCACUUGCUGAGCUGCAGCCUAGUGCUUUGACCGCGAGAGCGCAUGAGCAAACCACUGCUCAUCCCAAUUGGGACUAUUUCAUAGGGCCUCGACCCAACCCUUGGCAGUCACUCAGUGUACCUGCUCAGAUCCCAUUGGAUUUGUUGGCUUUGAGGGAGCGGGUGGAGACGGUUGAGGAAGCGAUUCAUGCGCUCUACACAGCUAAGGACGUUUGUCGAACACUCUCUGGAAUGCGCGAAGCUGGUCGGUGCAAGUUUGGCCACCUCCUAAUCGUCAAUGUUUUGCAGCAGCUUUUCACAGAAAUCGUUCCUACUCCACUCGGGCCAGCAUCUUCCCACAAAGAUGCCAUUUGGUCGUGCCACCGCGACUUCAAUUCUCCGCAUGAGUACCUGACCAGGCCGAUGGUAUCAGACUUGCAGCAAUCUUUGCUCGAACUUUGUUCGCAAUUUGCAGCAGCAGCCUUUAGCAUUCACACUGUAAGGGUGAACAAGGCGGACAGUGACACUGAUGCAGAGGUGCAGAGGGCACAUCCGAGUCGAACUUUUGAUUCCACCAUUCUUUGCAUCUUUGGGGCGAUAGCUGCCUUGUCCGACCGCUUGGCGCGUAUGAUUCCGCAGGACCAUCAGAGCGACUGGCAAGAUAAAGCUCGAAAGAGCGAGGAGAGCUCCUCUGGGCUGCCGCCGGUUCCCCUGAGCCGUGUCACUCAAACACUUGUUGGCACAGAAGAUUCACCCGGCUUCGCCAUUUUGAUUGACACCUUCGUAGCUCAGUCGGAGACGAUAGAGGUAGCCAUCCCUGCACUGCACAUGAGCCGCUCAGCAGUCAUAAAUUACUUUGAGGAAGUAGCUGAAUCCAUGGACUUGCAGGGGGAUCCAGCGCGUAUCCUGUUUGAUUGGGAGGAUGGGAACUGGCAGAUGUUUUCUUACGCUCACUAUGGCACUUCAGUCUUCUGCCGAACUCUUGCGGCCUCAUAUUUGCCUGCAGAAAAGCUACUGACAGGGGAGGAGCCACACCUGAUGGCUCAUUUUCCAGACUUCAGAGCGUUCAGAGAUGUUAUAUUUUGGUUCAAGUAUGCAUUGUGCACUGACCUCACAGUAUUUCCGCAGGGGUCCUUUUCACCACACACAGCGAGUUUGAGAUGGGAGUUUGAAGGAGGCAGAUACAAAGUAUCAGGCCUGUGCCAGACCUUGCUUGGAGGUGACAAGCAGGUGAUACCAUCUGUGGACGGUCGCCGCUGGCCAAGCAGUGCAGCAGCAUCCAACCACACUCACAGCCCUGUGCAGCGGGAAGACGACUUGCUUUAUAUGAGGAGUUGGCUGUUGGCAUUUUGA